AGCAAAUAAUAUACAUUUUGGCCAGCCAAAUAUCAACUGAAGAAAAAUAAUGUCAAAAAUGCCUAAUCCUGUCUACUUCCUAGUUUUUCUUCUUUGUUUUGCUAUGUGUUCUACCGCGCAACAAAAACAGUGGUGCGUCGCCAGAGAAGGUGUGGCCGAUGGGGAUAUGCAAAAGUGGCUGGAUUACGCUUGUGGACAAGUUGAUUGCGCUCCCAUUAAUCCCGGCGGUUCAUGCUUCGAACCCAACACGUACAAAAACCAUGGAUCUUACUCUCUUGAUCUCUUCUACAGACAGAAAUCAGAUUGCAAUAAGGAUGUUGGCGUUAUUGUUUCUAUCGAUCCAUCUUAUCCCGGUUGCGUUUUCCCUUGAGUGUCGACCACAAGCAACAAAUUAAAGUGAUAACGGACUAAUAUUAAUCCUCUUAGUAUUCAUUCUGGUUGAUUUAGUUUUAGUUUGGAAAGACACUUUACAUGUUUAUGUGUAAAGUAAGAGUGUUAAAGACUUGAGUAACCUUGUCUCCUUCCGUUUUGGAAAGAAUUCAGAUAACAAAUGCACG